CUUCUACUACUACUUCUCUACUUCUCUACUUCUACUUCUCUACUUCUUCUUCUUCUCUACUUCUACUUCUACUUCUCUACUUCUACUUCUACUUCUACGAUAUGCUUCUUCUACUCUCUCUUGUGGCCGUGGCUGCCGCCACACCGAUGGUCACUCCUGCGCCCGACCCCCAGGCAGCGCAGAAACGCGCGACGACAUGCACGUUUUCCGGGUCUGAAGGCGCGUCGUCGGCGUCGGCGUCGAAGCUGGACUGCUCGACGAUCGUGCUGUCGAGCGUGGCGGUGCCGUCCGGGGUGACGCUGGACCUGACGGACCUGAACGACGGCACGACGGUGAUCUUCGCCGGGGAGACGACGUUUGGAUACGAGGAAUGGGACGGCCCGCUGGUGUCGGUGUCUGGGACGGACAUUUUGGUGACGGCCGACGACGACGCGUACCUCAACGGCGAUGGCAGUCGGUGGUGGGACGGCGAAGGGUCGAACGGGGGCAAGACCAAGCCGACCUUCUUCUACGCGCACUCGCUGACCUCGUCGACCAUCGAGAACAUCUACAUCCUCAACUCGCCCGUGCAGGUGUUCAGCAUCGACGACGCCUCGGACCUCACCCUGACCGACAUCACGGUCAACAACGUCGACGGCGACACGGACGAUCUGGCCGCCAACACCGACGGCUUCGACAUCGCCUCCUCCACGGGCGUCACCAUCACGGGCGCCAACAUCUACAACCAGGACGACUGCGUCGCCAUCAACUCGGGCGAGAACAUCUACUUCUCCGGCGGCGUCUGCUCGGGGGGGCACGGCCUGUCCAUUGGCUCCGUCGGCGGCAGAGACGACAAUACCGUCAAGAAUGUGACCUUUUACAACAGCGAGAUUCUGGCUUCCCAGCAGGCAAUCCGGAUCAAAACCAUCUACGGAGACACCGGCAGCGUCAGCGAGAUCACCUACCAGGAAAUCACCUUUACCGACUGCACCGACUACGGCAUCAUCAUCGAGCAAAACUACGACGACACAGACGAGGAGCCCACCGACGGCGUGACCAUCUCCGACUUUGUGCUGGACAACAUCCAGGGCACCGUCGAGAGCGACGCCGUCGAGAUCUACAUUGCCUGCGGCGACGGCAGCUGCACCGACUGGACCUGGACCGACGUCGAUGUGACGGGGGGGGAAGUCAGCGACGACUGUCUCAAUCUGCCCAGUGGCAUCACUUGUGACGAGUAGUAGUUCUAUCCUAUCCUAUCCUAUCCUCUAUCUUCUAGAUCUAUCCUCUCUACUCUAUCUACUCUAUCCUCUAUCCUCUAUCCUACUCUAUUCUACUCUAUAAGUACUACACUACAAUACUACUAGGCCCCAACAAUGGUGUGGUGACCAUUCCUUCA